AAAGCGACUCACGUUCCUUUCCCCAAAUUUGGCGUCAGUCGAUUGAACUAGUCAGGGCGUGAGUGAGUCAGGCAGUCUGUUGGCAGGUUGGUCGUUGGUCUCCCUGGUUUCUAUUUUCCUUCUCCUCUACCCAUUGGUAUUAUAGUCGUCCCCUUCUUCCUCUUUUUUACAAUCUUCUAUUCUACUUGAGUGGUAGUAGUAGUGGUACAUGGUACAUACGCACAUCUUUCUAAAGCAAAGCCAAGAUCAGAAGAGUUUCAGGACAUCCAAUUCAGUUGAACAGAUCCCAGGCCUCCAUCCACGAUGGUUCACGUCCUCCAUCCAAACCACGCGCGCGCUUCCUCAGAGCUCUGUCCUCGCUUGGUCGCCCGCUCAACAGCGAGGCUGGCGUUAAGCCGACUCGCCAAGCUUGCACAUCCAAUGAGAGAGAGAGAGAACCAAAGAGAGAAGCGGAGGCUUUGGAAGUUGGACGUGGACGGGGCCGUUGGGUUGCUGUUCUUCUUGCGCCCGACGUGUAGCUCUUGGCAUUCUUUACAAAAAUAGAUGAAAGAAGAGAAGUCGAAGAAGCCGUUCCUCGGUCUCGAUGGUUGAAGGCAAUGGUGGCCAAGCAAAAGUGCCGGUGGUAGUGCUUGAAGGUACGGGCGUAUCUAUUGUACAUACAUACGUACGUACAAGCGGGCACUAGAAGGAAUCGACUGCACGAACAAGCACUGCAUGGAUGGUAGUAUGUGGGGGUAUAUGAUGGAGGAAGGCACAGGCGGGCUCGAGAUAUUUCCAUUCCGAGGAGGCGCAGGAAAACACCGGCUAAACCAUUCUCAGUGUCAAACUGGAGACGACGUGGUUGAGACGAGAAACGUCCAAGUCUCUUGAACAGGAAGCGGUGAAGUUUGGAGUGCCAGUCAGUCAGUCAGUCAACACGACUAAAGAAUUUGACGAAAUUCGUCGGAAUUUAUGGACGGGGAUAUCCUCCUGUGAGCAUUGGGCUAGCACCUAUUAGUGAGCAAACCUCUCCUCGCGACACAAGUGUGACUCUAAAUCUGGAUCAUGAAACAGGUUUGUGUGUGCCAGCCACCGGGAUGACGAUGUGACUUUGGAACCAAGAUCCAUGGGUUGUAGUUCUCUUUGGUUUUCCAUUAUGGCUCUGUUUUAGAGUCGCCAGUUGCUUAGUUCGCAGAUCAAUUUGUACAAAUAAAACACAAGAAGGUGCCAAAAUGCCGUCAACUCGUUGGUGGUCCAGACUGUUGCUCAUAGUUGAGCUGAUCAGUUUAAUAUCGUUAGUGAUUUGUGUGGCCGAAGAUGGCGAUCCCACGCCAAACACGGAAAAUCCGCCCGUGCUGAUUCCGCGGGUUCUGGUGACUCGUAAACGGGUGCCAAUCACGGCGGUCAAAACCUCGGAAGCCAGACGCCAACGCAAAAAGAUCAUCCGAACCCGAAUAGUGCCAACCUCGAGCGCCACGAACAAAAACGUGGAGGACUCGACGAUAUCCUCGUCGGAUAACGACGUGGUCAAAUUGGCCCGAGUCCGCAAAGUGAGCAAGGCUGAAGUCAGUGCUAAGCCCGAAGCCAGUGGGAAGAACGAUACGUUCUUUCAACCCUUCGUCAGUGGCUUCAACCAAUUUACGACACGCUUCAAUCCAUUUGGAGGACCACCUCCGUCCAACCGACAGAACCCCCAACUGCAGCAACAACAGCAACAACAGCAACAACAAUUCCAAGGGUUUCCAGCCACACAGGACCUAAGGCAGAACUUUCAGACAGUUCGGUUCCCCAAUGGCCAAGUGGUAACCCAAAACCAACAAUUCGGAGUGGUUUCCGAUUCACAGGCCUUUGGUGGUGUGCCUGCCGUGCCUCGACAGCCUCGUCCACCUCCCUCCAGUCAGAAUUUCGUGUUUGCUCCCACCCAGUCGCCGGAUGGAGCCACUGUCUUUCGUCAGACUCCCCAGCGAUUUCCUCCAGGGCAGGAUUCGAACCCAGUUCUGACGGGUUUUGCCAUUUCCUCUCCAGAGGGGGCCCAGUCCUCAAGUGCUUUUAGCCAGUCAUUUGGCCAAGUUGACAGCGAUCGCUUCCGAGCUGCUGUCGCCGACGGACAACAGGUCUCAUUCCAAGGCUCAGUGGGUGGACCCGAUCGACAGAGGCAACGGGUUCCUCAACCCACCAUUCCCGUUGACCAAGUGGAGGAAACCUUUGUGUCUAGCCUUCGCCCUCGGGAGAAUGAACCCACUCGCACUAGAGGUCGUUUCUCGCCUGAAGACAACCUGGAAGCUGGCUCUGGAAGUGUGAGCAGGUUUCGUAGCAGACAGCCGUCAACAGAGGAUGACAAUAAUAAACCAACUGUACCUAGAGUGCGUGUGAGGCCGGCCUCACUCCCCAGGGAUAACAUUCGAUCCGAACACUCUGAUCCCUACCAAACCGACUUCGAGUUGACCUCUACUCGUGGGGGUGCCUUCACGAGAGACCCUGAGCCUAGCACGCCCAAACCCAUUGCUAGCACACCUCCCUCUCGUCUGUCCCGUGUUCGAGGUCGCCCAAUUGUCCCAGACGACUUUCCAGGGCCCACUGCCGCUAUAAGAGGACCCAUUAGAGAUCGAGGUGAAGAAAAUGACGAUCUGGAGGCUGAUAAUGAUGAUGAUAAUAAUGGUUCUCUGAGCAGAUCUCGGGUUCCUGUUAGUGGUUCCAGAGGUGGAGGUCGCAACCCCACGCCACCAAGGUCACGGGUCCGCGCUGGUGUGCGUGUGAUUCCCACGGGAAAACGAGCACGAAGACCUCUUAAUGAGAUAAGUGAGGACACCGACAACGAGAAUGAUUCCUACGAUGAGAUCGAAGAUAGCCCUAUUCCCGAGGAACCUCGAGCAUCCACCAGUUCAGGUCGACCAAUCAACCGUAUCCCAUUAGAUGAUGAUGACCGCGAUCCCAACGAGUUCCCUCGUCGUCGCUUGCGUCCAGCGGGCAUUGGAAAUAGCGGAUCUCGAAAUGCGGUCGCCGGCCCCAGGCGAAGACAGCGACCUUUGGUGGCCUUCACAGAAGAAGAACCAGAAAAGUCGCAGUUUUUGCAGACUGCCUCAGAAGAAUCUGAUCAAAGGGGUGUAAUCCAAUCAGAGAGCAAUUCAAGAGACGGACCAAUUCCAACACCCACCGUUCCAUCUCGACUUGUCGAAAGUUUGAAGCCUGGUCAGCCUCAAAAAGACGAUGACCAGCUCACCGAGAGGGUUCCUGUGGCGUUGGAGAGCACCACCACCAGUUCGACAAGGGCGGAUGAAUACUUUGAUCCCAACAUUUUGAUUGCUCAAGUCCAGGCUGCCAAAGCUGACGACCUCGAUUUUGACGAAGGGUCACUGCUGAUUUCCAAAAUCCAAAAGCAGCAAAAGCAACAGCAAAAGGAGAAGAACGUGAUUGACAAUUCAGAGGAGAGCAACAUCAUUCCGUUCUCAGACAUUCCAUCUGACGAGAAUGUGGAACCGGUGACCAAUUUCGAUGAUGAGGCCAUCACAGUAAUCAAUCUCCAGAAAGACAAGAGCAAGCAGAACUUCAAGGACUUUGUUGACACCGACCUGAUUGAUGACAGUCUUCGAAACAAGGCAACCACCGAGUCAGGCGUAAUCCCUUCCUCUCAGCCUCCACCAGCCUUUUUCCCGACCGUGAGGCCAGAGGUUACCUCCGAAGAGGUCCUCCCUACAACAGGGGCCACCUUGGCCUCCCCUUCGGAGAGUCCCACUUCCACGUCCCAAUUCCGUCCCACCUCCUUGCCAGAUGUGACAACAGAUGGUACAUUGUCGUCGUCCGUUUCCACGUCCUCUGACGCUCCCUCAUCAUCUCUGUCCCCGUCAUCUUCCACGCUGGCCUCUCUAAGUACAACUGAAGCGGAAUCUGAGCCGACAAUCAAUUCCCUGGCCAACAUCAAUGACAAAUUGGACAGACUGCAAUCGAGUUUGGAUCCCUGGGCUCACAUCCAAAAUCAGAAGCACGAGAGCGAUCAUGCUGAGGUCGAGGCUGACUCCGAUUUGGACUCGGAUGUUCCAAAUAGGAGCACCACAGAGGCCACCACCGAGCGUUUGAGCUUGUUCAACAUUCGCACGCUGCCAACCACCCGCACCACCACAACGACCACAUUCCGGCCCAGAUCUCUAGCUGAUCUGUUUAAGCAUCGCGCUGGCGAAAAGAUUGUUUACAAAGAGACUCCUCGCUCCCCAGAUGAAGAUGAAGAGAGACCGACUGAAGUGCAACCAUUCUCCACCACCACCCAAAGGUCUUCGUUUUUUAUCAGCUCCACUGAUCGAGUGGACGUCGCUGAGCGUUUGAAGCAAAGACUUUCCAAAUUUCAAAGUGCCACAGAGGCUGCCCCAGAAUCGACUCCCGCUAUCCCCUUGAAGCCCCCACACAAAGCGGACUUGACCAAGUUGUUUUCGUCUCCGGAGCGUAACAAUCGUUUCAUUCCUAGUGGCUCAAGAAAUCGCGCCAAAGACUCAAAUGACGAUGACGACCAUGAGGAAGACGAAAUUGAGGAGGAGGAGGAGGAGGAGGAGGAUACCCCAACUACCGAUUCUGUCAGCUCUUCGUCCUCUUCCUCGUCCUCCACCACUACCACCACCACCACGACAACGACCACCACGACAACUAUCACCACCACUACAUCAACCGAGACCGAGGUUGAGGUCGAGGCUGAGACCAAGACCGAGAAACCAAAGGAGGAGGACACCCCGAGCAGCAGCGUCAAAUCGGUAAAGGAGUUGCUAGACAUAAUCCCCGUGGAUAAUGUGGCCGCUUUCUUACCACCUGGCUUUAAAGUCCGUCCCCCCACCACUGCACCUCCCCAAACUGAAAGCACGGCGCCCACGCCCUCCACCACCAGCACCGAGUCCAUCACAACCACCUCGAAGAGACCGGUAAAGAAACUCUUUGAGAACGUGAAACAGGACGACGUGUCAGCCUUCCUUCCCCCGGGUUACAAGUUGUCCUCGACCACGAUUUCCACCACAUCCACGGACUCACGCUUGUUGGCUGAUAUCCUGUCGAGUGUAUCAAUUGAUCCUUCACUUUUGCCCAAGGAUUAUGCGCCCGCCAAGCGGCCUUUCCGACCCAAAACGGCCGCGUCCGAGUCCCGCGAUAAGACCCCAUCGACUACGACCUCGGGUCCUACGCCCCCACCUAGCACGCUCUCAACUAGCACUGCCAGUGUAGCUGACAAGAUAUUUGCCGACUUGAAAGUGGACGACAUCAGCCAGUUCCUGCCACCAGGCUUCAAGGUCCCGAAAUACCAAUCAUCCGAGGAUUCAGGCAAGAACGAGGACACUGCCACCACUACCACUACCACAACUUCGACAACCUCCACCCCCUCCGCCAGCUCCACGGAGAAGGAGGGCGGCGAGUUCAAGCUCCAACUCUCCAGUUUGUUUGAUGACAUCAAGACCGAUGAGAUCGCCAGUUUCUUACCUCCGGGAUUCAAUCCAGAUGCCACUCCACCCAAGCCUGAGGGCCCUAAGCCGGAGGCCCCCAAACCAGAAGGUCCCAAGCCUGUCAAGCCCGCCCCCAAACCGUUCCUCACUUUCCCCACCCGCCCACCGGGCAACCCCCGCCCACCACGCCCGUCCAGUUCUAGUGAUUCCAGUCCAGCCGCUCCCCCUCCUGUCAUACCCGUUAUAAAGUCCUUUAACGACAGGCUGAAAACUACCACCGAGUUCGCUGGAUGGGCGGUCGAGUCCUCUUCGGCCGCCACGCCCAUUGAGGGUCAAGGUGGUAACGGAGGGUCCAAGCCCAAGGCGAGCACAACCACCACCACAACCACCACCACUACCACCACCACCACCACUACCACCACACGAUCCCCUAUUCCCACCACCCCCGGUGCUUGCGGCGUGAAUUGCCGUUUGGCAGCUACCAUAAAGAUCAGCGAGGGCGUGGAAUGGUCCAAUAGCUUCUUGGAUCCCAACACCUUUGAAUGGCAAGACUUGGCCGACAAGGUCAAACGAGAGUUAAGUGAGGUCUACCGCAAUUCGCUUUUGGGAGACUCAUUUGAUCACAUUGAGGUGGAGGCCUUUAGUAAGGGGUCUGUCUUGGUUGAUUACUACGUCUACUUCAAGAACUUUGACGAAGAGGUCAAAACCGACGAUCUGAAGGUGGUGCUCAACCAGCAAAUGGAAUCUAAUGACGGCACAGCCAAAUUGGGACGCUUCAGAGUGGACCCCAAAUUCACCGAUUUCAUUGUUCUUGAGAACGAGACCACUUCUCCAUCGACAGAUGAACAAGAUGAGGGAGUCCUACCGGAUUGGGCCAUUGCUGUGAUUGUCAUUGGAUUGGGAUCAUUCCUCUUUGUCGUCAUCUUUGGCGUGACAGUGCUCACCAAUCGACGAAGGAGAGCCAUGGCCAAGAAGAAGAAACAUGAUCAUCAUCAAUUGACCCAGGAAAUGAUCCACGAGUUGAAUAAGAACGGUGGAAUCAUGAGUGGUGCCGCUUUGGUCAAUGGAAUGCCACCCCCUUACGAACAGCAAUACUUCCCUCAAGAGGAUUACGACUUGGACGAUGCGUGGAAUAACGAUCGCUACUUUACCGAAAGUGGUCAAAAAUACAAGCGUCAGUCCAACAAUAGUAGCAGUAGUGGAGGCGGUUAUUCCAAGACCUCCCCCAGCCCUUAUCAAAGCCAGUUGUACGAUUCCUGGAAGACUGAGUGGGAUGGUUACUAUGAUGACUUCCGUGCGGGUCCAUCCGGCCUCGGUAAGCAACAAGCCGCAGCCGCAGCUUCCGCUGCCGCGGGAUACAAUACCAAUACCUACUUGACCAAAGGUGGACGAAGACCCUCGUACGACGACGAUUUCUAGAGGAUCCUCCGCAUCCCCUCCCUCCCCCAGCCAGUCAGAUCAAAAACUACUUCUACUGCAACCACUUUACCACCAUCACGCACCGCAAAGGGUGUGCUUAGCCUUCCACGAGAAACCACAAUCCGGAUUAUUGUGAACGAGGGCGACGGCCUGAUCCAAGUCAAUCUGGACGCGGGAUUUCCAUUCGUUCAGAUUCCAUUUGAUUGUGGCAGACACAUGACAUGAAGAGACACUUGCAAGUGAGACUGAGGAGGGUCUUGUGCCUCCGAAACGUCUCUCCAGUCUGAUUGAAAUGUACUACUCCCAGUGUGAAAAAACUGUGAUAAAUACUCAAGCUAUAUCCUUCCUACUACUCUACUACGCCACACAAACCCAUACAUACAAGUGUCCCGUCCAGCCGGUCGAUUGUCUGUGCUACAACAUACGUAUAGUGAGACAUCGCGCUACAGAACGUGGACAAUGAUUGUGGCAUGAAUACUCACUCUCUACCUAGAUAUUAUGACCUUAUAUACCUUCAUUGAUUGAUCCUCCCAACCAGCCUGAGGAAAAAAACAAUCCGAAACAUAUUGACGCAAAAGAAGGAUUGGGGAAGCCCCUGCUCUCUAUUUCUCCUGAAAACUGGCAUUCAAGUCGAGUCAUCAAAAAUAUCGAAACUAUGCAGAUUUUACAAUACUUAUGGAAGGCGGAUUGAUUCGUGAAUCGUGACGCAAGUACUGUUAUGUUGUAAUUACAUCCUUCACAUUGUCCUCUUUUGCAAUUUUGCAAUCAACCACGGUGCAAAUGUAUGCAAUUCUAAAGAAUUAUACUUCUAUUCUUGCCAAUAAACCACUUAGAAUUGACGCAUUUUUCAUUGG